GCUGGGUGUUUGUUUGGACUGGAGAAGGGAGGCGGCGGGCGAAGCGCACGUCGAGCUGGGGAGCGGCGCUGCCUGUGGAGAUCCGCGGAGGCCGACAGGACUCGUGGGCUGCCGUCCCCGCUGCCGUGCACUGGGUUAAAAACGACAACUGACUCCAACCAUGAAAGAUCCAAGUCGCAGCAGUACCAGCCCAAGCAUCAUCAAUGAAGACGUCAUUAUUAAUGGUCAUUCUCAUGAAGACGAUAAUCCAUUUGCAGAGUACAUGUGGAUGGAAAAUGAAGAGGAAUUCAACAGACAAAUAGAAGAGGAAUUGUGGGAAGAAGAAUUUAUUGAACGCUGUUUCCAAGAAAUGCUGGAGGAGGAAGAAGAACACGAGUGGUUUAUUCCAGCUCGAGAUCUCCCACAAACUAUGGACCAAAUCCAAGACCAAUUUAAUGACCUUGUUAUCAGUGAUGGCUCCUCUCUGGAAGAUCUUGUGGUCAAGAGCAAUCUGAACCCAAAUGCAAAGGAGUUUGUUCCUGGGGUGAAGUACUAAAAUAUUUGAGUAGAUGGGGCCCUCUUUUGGUGGAUGUAGCACAAUUUCCACACUGUGAAGGCAGUAUUAGAAGACUUAACUUGUAAAAGCUCUCUCGUCACUGUGUUACACUUAUGCAUUGCCAAAGUUUUUGUUAGUCUUGCAUGCUUAAUAAAAGUGCUGAGACUGUUAUUAAGUAAAAAGCUGUCAAACAUUUACUGAAAGUAGAAUUGGCCCCAUGGCUUAAUGUAAAGACAGCAAGGAAAGCCGCACCAGUCAAAUUGUGACAAAAUAACGAAUUAAAAAUCCUCCAAAUUGUAUUGAAUUGUCUGUCUUUGAGGCUAAACUAAGUCCUUAAGAUUAAUCAACACUUUGUAAAACUAAGUUUAAAUUAGGUUCUAAUUGUUUAGCAGAUUUCUCAGUUGGAUUUGUCCUCAUCAAAAAUCUUUUUCUAGCCGGGCGUGGUGGUGUACACCUUUAAUCCCAGCACUCAGGAGGCAGAGUAGGAGGAUCACCAUAAAUUUGAGGCCACUCUGAGAUUUACAUAGUGAAUUCCAGAUUAGCCUGGGCUAAAGUGAGACCCUACCUCGAAAAAAGAAAUUUUUUUCUGAACAGUCUGUUAAUUUGAAACAAUUCAUUAUAGCAAAGGUGUCUUUGGUGACUGAGGUUGCAAAGUGAAAAUCAGAUAAGAGCUAGGUUUUCUGGUGUGUUAUGUUAGAAAUAACUGAGUUGUCUCAGUAUUAACACCUGAGGAAGUAUGAUUUGAGAAUUGCUUUUUCUGAGGAUUUGUUGCAUCAUAUCAUACCUGUGUGAAGUCUAAUACAAGACCAACACCAGCCCAUAAUCCAAUUGGAGUACUGAGGAGAUUGUAACGUGAUUUGAGUGGUGCUUUUCCUUGCUUUGUUAACCAUCAUGAAAAUAGUCUGCAGCACAAUUUUUCUUUUAACAAAGCUAGAACAGUUUUGGCUUCUUAAACUUCAUAUUUGGGUAGGUUAAGCUGCCAUACAUGUUCAGUGUGAAUAGUGUUUAAGUUGAAAAUAUUGUAAAAAAAUUAUAUUUUUUCAAAAAUAUUUAAAAAAAUAAAUAAUAGUAGAACUGA